UGCCUGGUCUUGACACCCUAAGGAUGGACCCUUCUGCUCCCACUGCUGCUGCUGUCCCUGUCCCAGCCCUGGCCCUAAGUGUAGCUUCAGCUCUAGCACAGGCUCCCCUGGCACUCCCUGGCUUGUUAAGCCCAUCACCCCUUCCUUUCCCUGGACAAGAAGUAGAUGGGAGUAAAAGAGGGGCUUGUCUUUGGAGGCCCUGGCUGUGCUCUACAAAUGAUCUCCCAAGGCAGGUGAGGAAACUUGUACAUUUGGCCACUGGUGGGGCAACAAGUGCUGAGGUCAUCAAAGCUGACUCCAAGUUCCAUCACCCCGUCAGGCUCUUCUGGCCCAAAUCCCGCUCCUUUGACUACCUGUACAGUUAUGGGGAGAUUUUACUACAGAACUUCCCUGUCCAGGCAACCAUCAAUCUGUAUGAAGACUCAGACAGUGAAGAGGAGGAGGAGGAGGAAGAUGAAGAAGAGGAGGAGGACUAAGAAGAGUAGGAGAAAAAGGAGGCAAAUAAAAAGGGGCCAGAAGGGUGUGUGAGAAUACUAAAGUUAGCACCACACAGAGUCACAAGUCAUCCUCCUUCCCCAUCCCUGACCUGUUCAAACUGAGCCAGAGUCUGAUUAAGGUUUUGUAUGCCUGGCAAGGCUCCAGGGCAUUGAUCAGCCAGGAAUCUCCAGGUGCAGCUCUCUGGAUUGAAAGUUGGGUCCAGGGUAAGUUGGUACUUGAGGACCCAAAUGGACUGUGAAUACAGAUCCCUGGCAUCUCAUUGUCUGGGUUGCUUUUGUGUUGACAGUGGGAAGGUACAGGUAGCUAUAGGGGAAGGAAGAUCUGCUUUCUGAAGCCCCCAGGAAGCAGAUCAGACCAAACCAUGCCCAUGUAGAGGGGAACAGUCACUCUUUGGAGCUCUUUGACUCCCCAGCCUUCCAGGUGGCCGUGUAGUCCUGUCUCCCUGUGGAAAAAUUCAUUUCAGGCUUCUCCUCCAGGGAUACUAACACAUUUAAGCAGAGUUGAAAUGCUUUUCUGAUGGGCCUUGCAGCAGGAGGGAGGGCAUCUAGAGAAUCAGCUUGCUUUGGGGACCUCUCCUCAUUUUGGCUGCUAUCAA